UGAGGAGGAUAAUCAGAUUACGUUUAUUCCUGCCAAGAAAAUGAGAGAUUUGGAUGGGAUCGACUAUGAGGAUGAACGGCUUCAUAAAAACACAUUUCUCUUCCUGAAGGAUCUGAAGGCCAAUAAUAACAGGAAAUGGUUGAAAGACAACGACAAGGAAUAUAGGAGGUCGCUGAAGGACUGGGAGUCGUUCGUCGAGACACUCACGGAGAAGAUCAUCGACAUUGACGACACAAUCCCGGAACUUCCCAUCAAGGACGUCGUCUUCCGAAUCUACCGCGACAUCCGGUUCAGCAAGGAAAAAACGCCGUACAAGCCCCACUUCUCAGCUGCGUGGUCGCGAACCGGCAGGAAGGGGCCGUACGCGGGCUACUACGUGCACGCCGAGCCCGGGCGGUGCAUGAUAGGCGGCGGGGUCUGGCAUCCGGACGCCGAGUCCCUCGCGCGGCUGCGCGCAAGCGUCGACGAGCGCCCCCACCGCAUCCGCCGCGUCUUGAUGAACCCGGCGUUCCGGAAGACGUUUCUGCCCAACGCCAAAGCGAACGAGAAAUCCGUCAUAGCGGCGUUCGUGGCGAAGAACCAGGAGGGCGCGCUGAAGACGAAGCCCAAGGGUUUCAACCCCGAGCACAGGGACAUCGAGCUCCUGAAGCUGAGGAACUACACCAUCGGCACGCAGAUCGACGACGCGGAUUUCACGGCGGAGGAUGCGCAGGAUAGGAUUAUGCGGGCUCUUUCGGCUAUGGUUGAGUUUAUUUCGUUUCUCAAUAGCGUCGUUAGACCUGACCCUAAUGUCGAUAGCGACUCUGACGAGGCAGAGGGCGCGGCGGGAGGACAUGGAGGUGAGAAUGAGGCCGGUGAGAUGUAGGUUAUCUAAGGGUGGGCCGGUGUCUUUGGUUCGUUUCGAAGAGCUGCUUUUUGAGAUUCGAUGGCCUGAUGUAAGAUGUCCUUGUUAAUUCUAACUUCGUUAUUCUCGGGAUGGAGAGUAUAUUAGGCCGUGCAUGAAAAUGCCACUAGAGAAUUUAUUUUGGUGCGCAUUUAUCAACUACGCCUAAACAUGCGCCCUCAUGCCAUUUGCUUAUAUUCAUUUAAGUCACCAAUAUAUAUAUCAGCCGUCGUAAAUAUAUAAUUCAAUCGCCACUACCGUGAAAGUAAACGAGACUUCACCAGAGCGAGG